UAACAUAUACACAAUUUUUCACUUCUCUCUAGUUAUCGUUCCACUGUUGUUUCCGAAGAUUAAUUUUUGUAGAAAUUAUAUGUUAAAUAUAUACCGCUUGAAAUAAUAUACAAAAUUUGCAAUAGACUGAAGCUAUAACUAAUUAAUAGAGAGCGGUAUGUAUUGUUUUAAUAAAUUUAAAAGAUGUGUACAAAUUGCGAUAGAACCCAAAAGACAACGCCCAGGAAGACUGGUGGUAGAAAAUUGGAACACAAAUAAGCAGCCGUGUUUAUAAAAUUAUUCACUGUCAUUGAUGACAUCAUUUCGAUAUAAAUUAUCGACCAAAUGACGACCGACAUUUCAAUUGUACGAUGGGACCCUAGUCAGGGUCCUGGAAAUGAAUAUAUCGAUGAAUACGAAUAUGAUGGGGGAAAUUCCAGCUCCAGGCUAUUUGAAAGAUCGCGUAUAAAAGCUCUAGCCGAAGAACGAGAAAAUGUCCAAAAGAAGACUUUCACGAAAUGGGUUAACUCACACUUAUGUAGAGUUAACUGUAGAAUAGGAGAUUUGUAUGUUGAUAUGCGAGACGGAAAAUACUUAAUAAAGCUGCUAGAAGUAUUAUCGGGUGAACGUCUACCAAAACCAACAAAAGGAAAAAUGAGAAUUCAUUGCCUGGAAAAUGUAGACAAAGCCCUACAAUUCCUACGUGAACAACGCGUGCAUUUAGAAAAUAUAGGAUCACACGAUAUUGUUGAUGGAAAUGCUUCCCUCAAUUUGGGCCUAAUUUGGACCAUUAUUUUAAGAUUCCAGAUUCAAGAUAUUACAAUCGAAGAAGUUGACAAUAAGGAGACUAAGUCUGCAAAAGAUGCUCUUCUUCUUUGGUGUCAAAUGAAAACUGCAGGAUACAAUAACGUUAAUGUUAGAAACUUCACCACUUCUUGGAGAGAUGGACUCGCAUUUAAUGCAAUCAUUCACAAACACCGUCCUGAUCUGGUGCAAUUUGAAAAGUUAUCCAAAGCUAAUCCCUUAUAUAAUCUAAAUAAUGCCUUUGAUGUAGCCGAAGAGAAAUUGGGUCUUGCAAAAUUACUCGAUGCUGAAGAUGUAUUUGUAGACCAUCCCGAUGAGAAGUCUAUUAUCACUUAUGUAGUUACCUACUAUCAUUACUUCAGUAAGUUAAAGCAAGAGACUGUACAAGGUAAACGAAUAGGAAAGGUUGUCGGAAUUGCUAUGGAAAACGAAAAAAUGAUUAAUGACUAUGAACAUUUUACAAGCGAUUUGUUGAAAUGGAUCGAAACAACCAUUCAAGCUUUGGGUGAACGUGAAUUCGAGAAUUCUUUGGCCGGAGUGCAAAGUCAAUUAGCUCAGUUCUCCAACUAUCGCACUAUUGAGAAGCCUCCGAAAUUCGUGGAGAAGGGUAAUUUAGAAGUUCUACUUUUCACGCUUCAAUCAAAAAUGCGAGCCAAUAACCAAAAGCCAUACAUUCCCAAGGAAGGAAAGAUGAUUUCUGAUAUAAAUAAAGCUUGGGAAAGGCUGGAAAAGGCUGAGCAUGAGCGUGAAUUGGCCUUGCGCGAAGAAUUGAUUCGCCAGGAGAAGUUGGAGCAGCUUGCCGCGCGUUUCGAUCGAAAGGCUUCAAUGCGAGAGACUUGGCUAUCUGAGAAUCAAAGAUUGGUCAGCCAAGAUAACUUUGGAUUCGAUUUGGCUGCCGUAGAAGCUGCCGCAAAGAAACACGAAGCAAUAGAAACUGAUAUUUUUGCAUAUGAAGAGCGCGUUCAAGCGGUUAUUGCCGUCUGCGAUGAAUUAGAAUCAGAACGAUACCACGAUGUCAAACGUAUAUUGCUACGUAAAGAAAAUGUAAUGCGACUAUGGACGUAUUUGCUUGAAUUACUAAGGGCACGUAGAAUGCGAUUGGAAAUAUCGCUUCAAUUGCAACAAAACUUCCAAGAAAUGCUAUAUAUAUUGGAUAAUAUGGAAGAAAUCAGGCAGCUACUUUUAACAGAUGACUAUGGAAAACACUUGAUGGGCGUUGAAGACUUGCUACAGAAGCAUUCCCUUGUGGAGGCUGAUAUUAACAUACUUGGCGAGCGUGUUAAAGUAGUAGUGCAAAAUUCGCAGAAAUUUUUAAGCGAUGACCCAGAGUCUUAUAAACCUUGUGAUCCUGAAAUUAUUGUAAGCCGAGUUCAACAAUUAGAGGAUGCUUAUGCUGAAUUGGUUAGAUUAGCUGUGGAACGUCGAAGCCGGUUAGAAGAGAGCAGAAAAUUGUGGCAAUUCCAUUGGGAUACUGCAGAUGAAGAGAAUUGGAUAAAGGAAAAAGAACAAAUUGUAUCCACCGAUGAAAUAGGGCACGAUUUGACAACAGUUAAUUUAUUACUAAGCAAACAUAAAGCACUAGAAUCCGAAAUAACAUCGCAUGAUCCUCAAUUGCAAGGAGUUGCUAAAGUAGGUGCAGAAUUAAUAACUGAGGGUCACUUCGGAGCCGAUCGCAUUAAAGAUCGGUUGAAAGAAAUUCUUUCGAAAUGGGAUCACUUACUUGAUUUAACUAAAUACAGACGUCAACGCCUCGAAAACGCUGUUGAAUACUUCCAACUGUUUGCUGAUGCUGAUGAUGUAGACAAUUGGAUGCUUGAUACACUUAGAAUUGUAUCCAGUGAAGAUGUUGGGCGCGAUGAAGCCAAUGUUCAAUCAUUGCUUAAAAAACACAAGGAUGUCGCAGACGAACUUAAAAACUACGCUGAAGUUAUCAAUGCUCUGCAUAAGCAAGCUGAAGAUUUAAAAUUAAACGAUACGGAGAAAGCAAACGUAGAUAAUCGACUUGAUGCUAUCGACACACGAUACAAGGAGUUAACAGAGUUGGCCAAAUUGCGCAAGCAACGUCUAUUGGAUGCGCUCAGCUUAUAUAAAUUGAUGUCUGAGGCUGACGGUGUUGAACAAUGGAUAAAAGAAAAAACCAAAAUGCUGGAUACCAUGACACCUGGAAAAGAUAUUGAAGAUGUUGAAAUAAUGAAGCAUCGCUUUGAAGGUUUCGAUAAAGAAAUGAAUGCCAACGCUUCCCGGGUUGCUGUUGUUAAUCAGUUGGCAAGGCAAUUGUUACAUGUUGAACAUCCCAAUUCGGAUGAAAUACUGGAAAGACAAAACCAUCUUAAUCAAGAAUGGUCCACCUUACGCGAAAAAGCUGAAGCCAAGAUGGAUGACCUUAAAUCUGCUCAUGGUGUGCAGACCUUCUACAUUGAGUGCCGAGAAACUAUAUCAUGGAUAGAAGAUAAGAAACGUAUCCUUACGGAAACCGAUAGUCUAGAGAUGGAUUUGACAGGCGUGAUGACUCUGCAGAGGCGACUUAGCGGCAUGGAACGAGAUUUGGCCGCUAUUCAAGCCAAAUUGUCUAGCUUAAGCAAAGAAGCUGACAGCAUUGAACAUGAUCAUCCGGAGGAAGCACAAUUGAUCCGCGACAGAAUUUCUCAAAUUGAAUUGAUUUGGGAGCAGUUAACUCAAAUGUUAAAGGACCGCGAUUCUAAACUGGAGGAGGCAGGUGAUUUGCAUAGAUUCUUACGAGACUUGGAUCACUUCCAGACUUGGCUGACUAAAACUCAAACUGAUGUGGCCUCUGAAGAUACUCCAACUUCAUUGCCUGAAGCUGAAAAACUUCUAAAUCAACAUCAAUCUAUUCGUGAAGAAAUUGAUAACUACACUGAAGAUUAUAAGAACAUGAUGGAAUAUGGUGAGCGUUUAACAUCGGAGUCAAAUACUUCGGACGAUCCACAAUACAUGUUCCUUCGUGAACGAUUGAACGCUUUGAAGGAUGGUUGGGAAGAGUUGCAUCAAAUGUGGGAAAAUAGACAAGUGCUUCUCUCGCAAAGUCUGGAUCAACAGUUGUUCAACCGUGAUGCUCGUCAAACCGAGGUCCUCUUAAGUCAACAGGAGCACUUCCUUAGUAAAGAUGAUACUCCAGUUAACCUAGAACAAGCAGAGAACCAACUUAAACGUCACGAAGCUUUCUUAACCACGAUGGAGGCAAAUGACGAUAAGAUAAAUACACUAUUGCAGGUCGCGGAGACCCUUGUGGAAAAAGAACAUUUUGAUGCCGAGAAAAUUGGAAAGAGAGCGGAAAAUAUUGCAGGUCGUCGUGACGAUAAUCGCCAACGUGCAUUGGAUCAGCAUGAGAAGUUGAAGAACCAAGUUAAGUUGCAUGAAUUCUUACAAGAUUUGGAAGAAUUGGCUGAAUGGGUUCAAGAAAGAUAUGUGACAUCUCAGGACGAAACAUACAGAAGUGCUAAGACGAUUCAUUCCAAAUGGACACGGCAUCAAGCCUUUGAGGCGGAGAUCGCAGCUAAUAAAGAACGUUUGUUUGAGGCUGAAAAGGCAGCUCAGGAGUUGUCUAAAGAGAAACCAGAGUUUAAGGAUAUUAUUGAGCCCAAAUUGAAAGAGCUUGCUAAGCAAUUCGAAGAUUUGGAAGUUCACACAAAAGAAAAGGGUGCAAUGUUAUUCGAUGCUAAUCGUGAAGUUUUGGUGCAGCAAACAUGCGAUGAUAUCGAUUCUUAUAUUACUGACUUAGAAAAACAAAUAGUAAGUGCCGAUACCGGCAAUGACCUUACUUCAGUAAAUAUUCUUAUGCAGAAACAACAAGUUAUACAAACACAAAUGGCAGCUAAAGAACGACAAGUGGAGGAAAUUGAUAAGCAAACUGAAUAUUUACAAAAGACAACACCAUUGGAAAAGAUUGAACCGAUUGUUACGAAGAAAACAGCAGUUCUCGAUAGAUUUGAGAAAAUUAAAGCUCCACUGAUUGAACGACAGAAACAAUUAGAAAAGAAGAAGGAAGCAUUCCAAUUCUGUCGGGACGUUGAGGAUGAGAAAUUGUGGAUUGACGAAAAGUUGCCUUUAGCUACUUCAAAGGAUUAUGGCAAUUCAUUGUUCAAUGUUCAUGUUUUGAAAAAGAAAAAUCAAUCUCUUGCUACAGAAAUUGAUAAUCAUGAACCUAGAAUAAUGGCCAUUUGUAACAAUGGCAGAAAAUUGAUCGAUGAGGGUCACGAAGAUGCCAAGAAGUUCGAGAGUCUGAUUAGUGAUCUUACGCAAAGAUGGCAAGAACUUAAAGAUGCUAUUGAUAAUCGUAAGAGAAAUCUUGUAGAAUCCGAAAAGGUACAACAAUACUUUUUCGAUGCCCAAGAGGCUGAGUCAUGGAUGAGCGAACAAGAGUUGUACAUGAUGGUUGAAGACCGAGGAAAAGAUGAGAUCAGUGCGCAAAACCUAAUGAAGAAACAUGAAAACUUGGAGCAAUCUGUUGAAGACUAUGCUAACACCAUCCGACAACUGGGUGAAGUUGCAAGACAAUUCAACACCGAAGACACAGGCAGCGGUGACGCUGUGUCUGUUAAGCAAUCGCAAUUAGAUAAACUUUACGCCGGUCUAAAAGAUUUGGCUGGAGAGCGGCGUGCUCGCUUGAAUGAAGCAUUACAGUUGUUUAUGUUGAGCAGAGAAGUCGACGAUUUGGAGCAAUGGAUUACGGAUAGAGAAGUUGUUGCCGGAUCCCAGGAACUGGGACAAGAUUAUGAUCACGUAACAUUACUUUCGGAACGGUUUAACGAAUUCGCUCGCGAUACUGAAGCUGUAGGCGGAGAACGAGUUGCGAAGGUUAAUAACAUUGCUGACAAUUUGAUUCAAGCUGGUCAUUCAGACUCGGCAACAAUCGCUGAAUGGAAGGACAAUUUGAAUGAAUCCUGGCAAGAUCUCUUGGAACUUAUUGAAACACGCACGCAAAUGUUGGCUGCUUCUAAGGAACUGCACAAAUUCUUCCACGACUGCAAAGACAUAUUAAGUCGUAUAAUAGAAAAACAACAUGGUGUUUCUGACGAAUUGGGGCGAGAUGCAGGAUCUGUCUCGACUCUGCAACGAAAACACCACAAUUUCAUGCAGGACCUCAUGACUCUUUAUUCACAAGUACAACAAAUUCAAGAAGAAUCCGCUAAACUACAAGAUUCAUACGCUGGCGAUAAAGCAAAGGAAAUUACUAACCGCGAACAAGAGGUUCUACAUGCAUGGUCCAAUUUGCAAGCCAUGUGUGAUGCCCGCAAACAGAAGUUAGCUGACACGGGUGAUCUGUUUAGAUUCUUUAAUAUGGUUCGUAUAUUGAUGAUUUGGAUGGAGGAUCUCGUACGUCAAAUGAACACAUCUGAGAAGCCAAGAGACGUUUCCGGGGUGGAGCUACUCAUGAAUAAUCAUCAAAGUCUUAAGGCUGAAAUUGAUACUAGAGAGGACAACUUUGCCGCUUGUAUUUCUCUUGGAAAGGAAUUGUUGGCCAGAAGUCAUUAUGCAUCAGCAGAUAUUAAAGAUAGGCUUUUGCAAUUAAAUAACAGUAGAAAUGCUUUGCUAAGGCGGUGGGAAGAGAGAUGGGAGAACUUACAGCUAAUUUUAGAAGUGUAUCAGUUCGCCCGGGACGCUGCUGUAGCUGAAGCCUGGCUUAUUGCCCAAGAACCAUACCUCUUAUCGUCUGAAUUAGGCCACACAAUAGAUGAAGUUGAGAACCUUAUUAAAAAACAUGAAGCAUUCGAAAAGUCCGCUGCAGCCCAAGAAGAACGCUUCAGUGCUCUUGAGCGCCUAACAACGUUUGAGCUCAAAGAAAUAAAAAGGCGGCAAGAAUUAGCGGAAGAAGCUGAACGACAACGCGUCAAAGAAGAAAUGGAGGCUAAAGCAGUUUUAGAAGCUGCUGAGCAGGCUAAACGAGAAGCUGAGAAGCGUGAUAUAGUCGAUGCUGCAGCAUCUGCGGAAGAAUCCGCAGCUAUAGUAGAAACAUCUACUGACGUGGAACGUUCUGCAGAGCCUCAAACAGAGCAUGCAACUAUAUCUGCAGGCGAGGGUCAAGAGGGUUACCUUACAAGAAAACAUGAAUGGGAGUCAACUACGAAAAAAGCCUCAAAUAGGUCUUGGGAUAAGGUGUACGUUGUCGCAAAAAUUGGCCAUUUGUCGUUCUUCAAAGAUCAAAAGGGUUAUAAGAGUAAUCCUGAAUUGACUUUCCGUGGAGAACCGAGUUAUGAUUUACAGGGCGCAGGUAUUCAAAUUGCGACCGACUAUACCAAAAAGAAGCAUGUGUUAAGGAUAAAACUUUCUGGCGGUGCCGAAUUUUUAUUGCAAGCACAUGAUGAUGAUGAAAUGACGCUGUGGGUAUCGUCCCUUAAAGCCCAAAGUGAGUCAGCAACCGUUGCUGAAAGCAGAUCCCAAACAUUACCAGCGACUUCACAGAAGGAUGAACCAAAGCGCAGAUCAUUCUUUACCCUUAAAAAGAAAUAAAGUGAAGACGUUCAUAAAAGAUUAUUCUAUUAAAUUUUGCUUACGAAAUUGCACGACAAAUAUGCUAAACGUAUGUAUAUGUAUCUUAUUUAUUUAAAACAUGUAUGCAUUUUAAUGUAUUCAAUAAAACAUUUAUUCCUUAAAAUCGUA